AUGGACUUCGCCCAUCAGUCCUCGAAUCGUCAGCUGGCCGGCGUAGAAGUACCCCUAGGAUCACUAUAUCACCCCAUCGAGGCUGGCAAGGCCUUCCGGAUUCUUCUACUUCAACCUGCGACACAACUCGAGGACACCCUCAUCUGCGACCUUCUCCCGACCCGUCUGGAUGGAGAUGCAGAAUAUGAAGCCUUGUCCUACGUCUGGGGCGAAGCUUCACCGCCCGGCCCCGUCCUCCUCAACGGGCAUGAGAAAAGCAUCACCCCGAACCUGGAAAGUGCCCUGAGAUAUCUUCGCUACACGGAGAAUGUGCGGUCUCUCUGGGUGGACGCCCUUUGUAUUGAUCAAGAUAACCUUGAAGAGCGCAGCAAGCAUGUACAGCACAUGUCUGAGAUCUACAAGCGCUGCACUCGGGAUAUCUUGUGUCUCAAAGCUCUCAACGAAGUCCGUGGACUGAACGAUGUUGCUCGGCGCGAGGGGCGAGCCCAUACCAGUGAUCUUUCUAUCAGGAACGAGUUGAAACGGCACAAGGCCCAGAUCAAACGGCUAUUCCAAGGCAACGUCUGGAGCAGAGCCUGGAUAGUGCAAGAGGUAGCCUUCGCGCCAGAAGUGCUUCUCGUCGCUGGGAACUCGACAAUGAGCUGGGAUGAGAUCGAACAACUGCUCAACGUUGAUGAGUUCGUGGAGAAGACCGGCAUCCCGGACGCUUUCCACGAGCCAUGGGGCCAUGACCUGAGUCUGGCGUCGUGGUUGAAGCAGACUUUCUAUCAGGCACAGGUGUUCUCACACCAACGGAUAGCGAUGACUACUCGGGAGAACGGCUCCGGCAGCUCGCUUCUCGAAGUUCUCGCCCGGUUUCGCCACCAGCAGGUGACGGAUCCCCGCGACAUGGUGUUCGCUCUCCUUGCCCUGUGCUCGGAUACCCUAGGCAUCGAGCCGGACUACACACGCCCAGUGGAAGACAUUUACGUAGAAACGAGUAAGCGAAUCAUGGAGCACGACGGCAACCUGGACCUUAUCUGCCAGGGGCCAUGGCAGCUCUUUCGGGAUUCCCAGCUUAGGCAUCUCCUUCCCUCCUGGGCUCCAGACUUCUCGGACCCCGGCGCCUCGCGCCUUUUGUUCGCUCAGCGCGAUAUCUUCUCCGCGGGCCCUGCGAAGUUGACUGCGCCUCUGUCCAUCUCCACAUCACAUGCGCUUGUUGUUGGCGGCUGGGAUAUCGAUACUCUCGCCGCGGUGCGGUCGGGACCCGCACAAGGGCAGUCACGAAACCCGGCACGCAUGGCGCUGGAAUCGAUGCCGGAAGACGUACUCCGCCAGGCCAUUGCUGGAGGCGCGGAUGCCUCGCUGGGAGUAUAUCUCAAAUCGGACAACGUGGAGCCUCCAUUUCAUGGUGGCAAAGAGGCGGCUUUCGACGCUUACUGGCGUACUCUCAUGAUGGAUUGCGUACGCCACCCCAAUCGACGACCGGACGAGGCCGAUCUCGAGCGUUUAGGUACGCUAUUCAAAGACUGGAUCCUGCAGGACCGUGAAGAGGAUUCGGGAUGGACGUCUCAUCUCGAAUCUGAUCUUGAUUAUGAAAUAUGGUCGCCGUUGCGGCACACCAUUCGACUUUGGCGCUUUGCGGUGACAGAACAGGGGUACUACUGUAUGGUCCCUCCCACAGCAGGGGUAGGUAUGCACGUCGUGGCGCUGCCGGGUGCGAAGGUGCCCGUGGUACUGAAAAAGGUGGAGAACGGGAAGUUUGAGAUGGUGGGUCCGUGUUAUGUUCAUGGGUUUAUGGACGGGCAGGCUUAUCAGGGAGAGAGGGAGAAGACGAAGCGGACGUUUGAGAUCGUGUAG